GGCACACAGUUUUCGAUUGGCAUUCGUUCGGUUUGGUAAUAUUUGGUUUGAUGCGGAGCUUGUGUGCGCGUGCAGAAGUAGUUAAAGUGUAGAAUUGUGAGUGCGUUUAUUAUUCUGCUUGGAAAUUUGCAACGGUAGCGAAACGUUUAAGCGUGUGUAUAUAAAUUUUGUUGGCAAAUGUAUACUUUUGCUUCUCAAGCGUCCAAGUUACUUCGCGCAACCAUUGAGAUGUGAAAAAAAAAUUUUGUUUACAAGUCAAGGCAGUAAAAUUCGAAAAGAAUACAAAGCAGAUAAAUGCAAAAAAUUUAAUGUUCCAAGUAAACGAGUAAACAAGGCAGCUACGUGAAGUAAAACAAUCUAAUAAAAAUUAAGUGUUUAUAUUCACAAAAAUAAUAAUAAUCAAUAUCAAAUUUUAGUUCAAACAAAUAGUGCAAUUUAAAAACCAAAACACAUUUCAACAAUAAAAAAACACAGCUGUAUUUCUCCAAAUGAAUCUCAAACAGAUUUUUUAAAGCUGAUCACCAAAGUCAAAAUAAACUAACAUAACAAUAAACAUUAAGCAUUUUCGUGCCACCAACGCAAAGGAAAUAUCAGAUAUGGAAUUUAUGAAUUAAAACAAAAAAUACUUUAAUCAUAUAAAGCUUCAAGAAGAAGCAGAAGCAGCAGAUAAACGAAUUUUAAUAUUUUAAUUGCUACAAACAAUUGUUUAAACACCAAACAACACGAGCGUACAAGUAGGCGUCUAUUUACAUAAUUUCUUUCCAAAAAAAAAAACAACAACGCUUCAACCAGCUAAACGACACGCUUCACCAGUGGGCGUAACAACAACAAUACUAACGAAGUAAAGCAGAAAUCAGCUGCGCUACAGCAAACAGGGUCCGAAUCAGCCUAUUCGACUAACCAUACAAAAUUACAGCUGUGAACCGCUUAAUAAGAACUAACCAAGAAUCCAUUUUAGACUUAUAUCAACCGAUCUAAACCUCAACAUGUUUCACGCACUAAAGGCAGCCGGCGCAAACAAAGAGUUCACAUUUAAAAUGUACGCACAAUUGGCCGCUAAAGGACCACGUCCAUUAGUGUUGUGCGGUCCCUCUGGCUCCGGAAAAAGCACUUUGCUUAAACGACUCUUCGACGAGUACCCGAACACCUUCGGUUUCAGCAUUUCACACACGACACGCGCACCACGUGCCGGUGAGGAGCACGGCGUACAUUAUUACUUUAUUGAAGAGCACAUGAUGCGUGCAAAAGUAGCGAAUAAUGAAUUCAUAGAAACUGCUACUUUUAGCGGCAAUAUGUAUGGCACAAGCAAGGCUACAGUGCUGGAGAUACAACAAGCGGGCAAAGUGUGUGUCUUGGAUAUUGAGCCUCAAGGUGUGGAGCAAAUUAAGCAAACUGAUUUGAAUCCGAUUCUGGUUUUUAACAAUCCACCAACUAUACAAGAUUUGGAGUUGCGUUUGCGCAACCGUCAAACUGAAACGGAGGAGACAUUGCAGAAGCGGCUGGCCGCUGCCGAGGCGGAGAUAGCUUAUGGUUUGAGCCAUGGCAAUUUCCAUAAGAUCAUACAUAAUAUUGAGAUUGAUGUGGCAUAUGCAGAGUUCAGGGAAUUCAUUUUGAACGAGCUGAAGAAGCAAGAAGCUGAAGGCGUUCAAAUAUGUUGGGAGUGAACGCAACUCAGGAGUUUUCACUACAUAAAUAUAUAUAUAUUUGAAUUGUUGAACAAAAUUAUUGGCACUACUUAUAAACUCUAUGUUGUAGAAGUUCAUCAAUAAAACAAUAAAAAUUCAGAGAA